AUGCGAUCGAAGAGAGAGAAGCCGUUAUCAACUUCUCGAGCGCCCGCUUGCGCCCAGAAUCUGCCGCGCCCAGGCCCGGUGGCAGCUGGAGGGGGUGGCGGAGUGGCAAUGGGGGGAGGGCCCGGGGGAGCUGCAGCGGGAGGGGGAGGCGGAGCAACAACAGGGGGGAUUGGGGGACCCUUCCCACGAGUGGCGCAGCAGGGGCAAGGGGGAGGGCCUGCAGGGGGGGAGCUGGGGGACCUCUAUGCGUCCGCGUGCGCCCAGCAGCCCCCAGGGGGAGGGGGCGCAGCACCAGGGGGGGGAACGCCUGUGCCAGGGGGCGGGGCACCUCAGGGGGGCGGAGCACCUCAGGGGGGCGGAGCACCUCAGGGGGGCGGAGCACCUCAGGGGGGCGGGGCACCGCAGGGGGGCGGAGCACCGCUUGGGGGCGGAGCACCUCUGGGGGGCGGGGCACCUCAGGGGGGCGGGGCACCUCAGGGGGGCGGGGCACCUCAGGGGGGCGGAGCACCUCAGGGGGGCGGAGCACCUCAGGGGGGCGGAGCACCUCAGGGGGGCGGAGCACCUCAGGGGGGCGGAGCACCUCAGGGGGGCGGGGCACCGCAGGGGGGCGGAGCACCGCAGGGGGGCGGAGCACCUCUGGGGGGCGGGGCACCUCAGGGGGGCGGGGCACCUCAGGGGGGCGGGGCACCGCAGGGGGGCGGAGCACCGCAGGGGGGCGGAGCACCUCUGGGGGGCGGGGCACCUCAGGGGGGCGGGGCACCUCAGGGGGGCGGGGCACCUCAGGCGGGCGGACCACCUCAGGGGGGAGCAGCACCAGGAGGUGGAGCAGCAGGGGGCGGAGCAGCACCAGGAGGCAGAGCAGCAGCAGGGGGAGGUUCUGGGGGGGCGGCAGCAGGGGGAGGGCCGGGGGGGCCUGGGGAAGCUGGAGCAGCAGGGGGAGGGGGGGCGGGAGGGCCAGGGGGUGUGCCUGACAAGGUUGGGAAGAAGGUUCCGCGCUUGGCACAGCAGGGGCAGGGGGGGGGGACCGGGGGGAGCGGAGCUGGGGGACCUCUAUGCACCGCUCUUGGCGCAUACAACGUGCUCUAUGUUCUCACAGCCAAGCAGCUCCCCAAGCAGUUACCUCUCACUCACUUCCUCCACACCCUUUUCCCCCUUCUGCACUUUCCCUCACUCCCCCGCCCUAGCAGCACCUCUUCUGGAGCCUUUAACGUGCUCUAUGUCCUCACAGCCAAGCAGCUCCCCCAACAGUCACCCCCCACCAACGCCACUAUCACUCGCGGCCGCUCCGUGGCCCUCACCAUCCCCGCCACGUGGCGCGAAACCACUGGCCAGCCGGGCUUCAAGCAGAACGAUGCUGACGAUGACGAUGACGGGGAUUGCCCCGACGGCAAGUGUUACAGUUACGCCGCGGCUGGUUACUGGGCGAAUGCGGAUAAGACUGUUACUGAUAUGGUGAAUGCUAUGGUUGUGGAUCCCACGGCUUUUCAAGCGCACAUGGCGCUUCCUUCAGGGGAGGAUGUGAACGGCAAGUUUGAACUUGAUUAA